AUGAAAAAGAAAGAUCAUCACUGCUAUAUUAAACCGGUUAAGGAGCAUAAAAAUGAAUCACGGCCCACUUUGUAUUUCUAUGAUUUUGAAACGCGUGUAGAUGAGGGUGAUAUCUAUAUGAUACCUUUUUAUUGCGUCGUACAAAAAGUAUGUGAUGUUUGUGACGAAAAACCGUUUGUGAAAAAUUAUGAACAUUUUCUACCACAUCCUAGUGAGUCGUUUACCGAUAUUUCAAUUGAACCGGUACCCUGCUGCGGUUAUAGGCAAUAUGUUUUUGAAAAAAACAAUGACGAUAUCGUGUCGGAUCUGGUCGACUUCAUGAUGACGCAACCGAAGAAUAGUGUGUGGGUGGCGCAUAACGGUGGACGGUUUGAUAGUAUUUUUUUAAUGCGUGAAUUGUUAGUCCAUCGUAAACUCGUACCCACCGUGGUAAUGAACGGGAGUAAGGUUAUGUCUUUAGAAAUGCAAGAACGUAAUUUGAAAGUAAUUGACAGCUAUCUAUUUCUUUCAAUGAGAUUGGCAAAAUUUCCCGAGGCUUUGGGGCUUGAAAACGUAACGAAAGGGUAUCACCCCUAUUUGUUUACAGAUUUGAAUUAUGUUGGCGACAUGGUCGGCUUAGAAUAUUUUGAACUUCCCACAGAGGGAAGUAAGGAGCGCGAAGCUUUUGAUAAGUGGUAUAGACAACAACAAAGCAAACCGUACGUGUUUCGUGAGGCUAUCUAUUAUUAUUGCCGUAUGGAUGUGGAUAUUUUAAGACAGGGUUGUAUCAUAUUCUCCAGACUUAUCUAUCGAAUUACGGGUGUAUUACCCUUUUAUGACCACACAUGUAAUACUGUGGCGGGUUUAGCUUUAAAAAUAUAUCGCAAAAAUUUUUUAAAAGAAGAACAAAUUGGACAGGUUCCCGCAUCUGGUUACAGCGGUGUAAAUAUUAACCAAAGCGCAAUUGCCUUAUGCUGGCUAAAAGAUAUUGAAACUAUGUUAGAUGAAAAUGAUCUAAAAUUGUGUAGUAAGCUUAGUGUCGGCGGUGAGCGUCGUAUAAUGAAUCAUUAUGUUGACGGGUAUUGUGAAGAGACCAAAACGAUUUAUCAGUUUCACGGUUGCUUUUAUCACGGUUGCGAACGUUGUUAUGAUGGUGAAUGUUACAACAGUGUUUUAUGCACAAAAUUUUACAUACUUUUGGGUAGUACGCAACGUUUAUCGCGAAUGUUUCGACAAGCAGGAUAUACAGUUGUUGAGAAAUGGGAAUGCGAUUACCGUAACGAUGUUGACAUGACCCACUAUCGUUUAAAACAAUUACGUCUAACAACGUUUUUUGAAUUCAUACAUUUGGAACCGCGUGAUGCGUUGUUUGGCGGUCGUACAUCUCCCGCCACAUUAUAUUAUGAUAUGAAGCAUACUGGUUUACCGGCCAUGUAUUUCGAUGUAUGCUCUCUUUACCCGUAUGUGCAGAAAAAAUUUCAAUAUCCAACACAACAUCCGGUCAUUGUUAAAGGUCGUGCAUGUCAAAAUAUCGACAUAAACCAAGUGUUUGGUUUAAUUAAGUGUAAAAUUUUACCACCCACCCACCUACUGUUUCCCGUGUUACCGUUUCGUUCGGAGAAAUUAACAUUUCCCUUGUGCCGCACAUGCGUACAGCGUCAACAAAGUGAGACAUGUCAACACAAUGAGGAGCAACGUGCAUUAUACGGUACAUGGACUAGUGUGGAAAUCCAAAAAACUUUACAAUUAGAUUACCGCAUUUUAAUUGUUUAUGAAAUUUAUCAUUAUCAAAAACGCGAAAAAAUAUUCGAUCAAUAUGUAAAUACGUUUAUAAAGCUUAAACAAGAAAGUAGCGGGGUGCCAAAAAAAUGUCUAGACCAAAACGGUUCGGUGGUGAAAGAAAAAUUACAGAAAUAUAUUGACGAUUAUAUGGAACAUGAGGGCGUUGUUUUGGACGCAAGUAAAAUGUCGUACAAUGUGGGUCAGAGAACGGUAAUGAAAGCUUUAUUGAAUUCUUUGUGGGGUAAAUUGGCCCAAAACGAAGAUGUUACGGUCGUAUCGUUCUUAGAAGACAUGGACGCUUUGUUAGAAUUAGUAAAUGAUCGUACGGUAGAAGUAACCUCUUUAGAUUUCAUAAGCGACAAUAUUGCACGAACAACACAUCGAAAAACGGCAAGCCUAACACCGUUACCUAAUCGUAAUGUGAUUAUUGCAUCAUUUGUCACAGCGUAUGCACGUUUAGAAUUAUUAGAGUAUUUACUUAAAUUAGGCGAAAAUGUUUUGUACUAUGAUACAGAUUCUGUGAUUUUUAUAGAGGAUCGUGCAAACGGUAAAUUUCUUGAAACCGGCGAAUAUUUGGGUCAAAUGACCGAUGAAUUAAUUGAAAAAAAAACCAGCGCAAAAUGGAUUCAGCAAUUUUGUUCAGCUGGACCAAAAUCCUAUUCCUAUCGCACGAAUACCUAUACACGUUACAAUGACGACGGUAGCGAAAGCAAACAACAAGAUGAAAUUGUACAUGUUAAAGGCUUUUCGUUAAAAGGACCUGUCAAAAAAUUAUUAACAUUCGACAGUAUUCGGGAGUGUGUAGAAGAUCCUACCAAAGAAAUUGAAAUUACUUAUCGGGAAUUUAUGCGUGAAAAUACGCAGAGUAUUUCGGUACAACAAAAUACAAAAACAUUUAAAUUUACCUUCGAUAAGCGGGUUGUGCAUGAAAAUUGUACGACGACACCUUUUGGUUAUCGGUAA